CUCUCUCUCCUCGUUCUCCUCGUCUUCGAUCUCAAACUCUCUCUCUCUCUCUCUCUCUCUCUCUCUCUCUCUCUCUCUCCAUUUCUCUCCCCUUCUUGAAUCCCCCUCGCCUCGAUCCAUCGUCUCCCUCCUCCCCCUCUCUCCCCACUCGCACCUCCCAUGGCGCGAUUCGGCCAUGGCUCCGGCCCCCCCGCGGCGGCGGUGGCGUCGAUGAUCGUAACGAGCACGCCGAGCCAGGAGCUCGCCCUCACCAACUUCGCCUACUGUUCCCCCGCCGAUCUCCGCAGGUUCGCCGUCUCCGGAUCGAAGCACGUCCUCGCCAUGGUCGGCGAUUCCUUCGUCCUCACCCUACGUGCUCAUGAUGCUGUUGUUGAUGGUCGUAUUGCUUUAAAUGCAAUCCAACGACGCCAUGCUAAAGUUUCUGCUGGUGAUUCGGUAUCUGUUAGCAGUUUUGUCCCUCCUGAUGAUUUCAAGCUAGCACUGCUUACUCUGGAACUUGAAUUUGUGAAGGGAAAGUCUAAUAGGACUGAAGAAUUGGAUGCUGUUGUUCUUGCCCAACAACUUCGAAAAAGAUUUCUUGAUCAGGUUAUGACGACUGGUCAAAGGGUUUCCUUUGAAUUUUAUGGAACGAAUUACAUCUUCACAGUCAAUCAGGCUAUGCUGGAGGGCCAAGAGACUUCUAGACCAAUGGAGAGAGGAAUGAUCUCCAUGGAUACAUACAUCAUAUUUGAAGCUUCUCAAAACUCGGGAAUUAAGAUUGUCAAUCAACGGGAAGCUGCUAGCAGCAAGCUUUUCAAACAGAAGGAGUUCAACUUGGAAAAGUUGGGGAUAGGAGGAUUAAGUGCUGAAUUUGCAGACAUCUUUCGAAGAGCAUUUGCUUCUCGAGUUUUCCCCCCUCAUGUUGUCAAUAAAUUGGGUAUCAAGCAUGUGAAGGGAAUGCUACUUUAUGGGCCUCCUGGUACUGGCAAGACACUUAUGGCUCGUCAAAUUGGGAAGCUGUUGAAUGGGAAGGAACCCAAGAUUGUAAACGGGCCUGAAGUUUUGAGCAAAUUUGUUGGAGAAACAGAGAAAAAUGUGAGAGAUUUAUUUGCUGAUGCUGAAAAUGACCAGAGGACUCGAGGUGAUCAGAGUGACCUCCAUGUCAUCAUCUUUGAUGAAAUUGAUGCUAUCUGUAAGUCUAGAGGGUCAACAAGGGAUGGCACAGGAGUGCAUGACAGCAUUGUGAAUCAGCUCCUUACAAAGAUAGAUGGUGUUGAGUCAUUAAACAACGUAUUGCUUAUUGGGAUGACAAAUCGAAAGGAUCUACUCGAUGAAGCCCUGCUAAGGCCUGGACGUUUGGAGGUUCAUGUUGAGAUAAACCUCCCUGAUGAAAAUGGUCGUCUGCAAAUUCUUCAAAUACAUACAAAUAAAAUGAAAGAGAACUCUUUCCUUGCUCCAGAUGUGAGCCUUCAAGAGCUUGCUGCUCGUACAAAGAAUUACAGCGGAGCUGAGCUGGAAGGUGUUGUCAAAAGUGCGGUCUCAUUCGCUUUGAACCGGCAAAUAAGCAUGGAUGACCUUACAAAGCCUCUGGAUGAAGAGAGCAUUAAAGUCACUAUGGAUGACUUCCUGCAUGCUCUUCAUGAGAUCGUUCCUGCAUUUGGUGCUUCCACAGAUGAUCUUGAACGAUGCAGGCUCAAUGGAAUUGUCGACUGCGGUGAGAGACACAAACACAUUUAUCAAAGAGCUAUGCUUCUUGUUGAGCAAGUCAAAGUAAGCAAAGGUAGCCCACUUCUUACAUGCCUUCUCGAAGGCCCUGCUGGCAGUGGUAAGACAGCAAUGGCUGCUACAGUAGGUAUUGACAGUGAUUUCCCCUAUGUGAAGAUUAUAUCUGCAGAAACAAUGAUUGGCCUUAGUGAGAGCAGCAAAAAUGCACAAAUUGUAAAGGUCUUUGAGGAUGCUUACAAAUCUCAAUUAAGCAUCAUAAUUCUUGAUGACAUUGAAAGGUUGCUGGAAUAUGUAGCUAUUGGGCCACGCUUUUCAAAUUUGAUUUCACAAACAUUGAUGGUCCUUCUCAAAAGGCUUCCCCCCAAGGGAAAGAACCUAAUGGUAAUAGGAACAACAAGUGAAGUGGGCUUUCUAGAGUCUCUUGGUAUAUGUGAUGCAUUCUCUGUCACGUAUCAUGUUCCCAAACUGCACAAAGAAGAUGCCAAGAAGGUAUUGAAACAUCUCGACGUUUUUACCGACUAUGAUAUUGAUUCGGCUGCUGAGGCCCUGGAUGAUAUGCCUAUUAAGAAGCUAUAUAUGCUUGUCGAGAUGGCUGCCCAGGGAUCCACGGGUGGAAGCGCAGAAGCUAUUUACUCUGGAAAGGAGAAAAUCAACCUAAAUCAUUUCUUUGAUAUCUUGGGCGACGUUGUUUCACUUCGCGUCUAAAAUUUUCGUAUACCUUUACGACCCGAGCGAACUAGCCUCUUUUUUUUUUUCUUUUUUUUUUUUCUUUUUUUCUUUUCUAACCUCUGAUCUUUGGCUUUCCCCCUCAGCUCUUUGUUCCCUUCUCCAUAGAUUGGCAUGUUGAGAUGAUUCCUCUCCUGUUUUUGAGAAUUCUUCUGAUUGUGUGUAAUGUUGUUUCCUUGUACCUUUUACUUGAUCAUCACUUUUGAGAGGAAAGCUAUUUGUAAGACUGACUCUCUACACAGUAUCGGAGCGAGUUUCUUCAUUCGAGUUAUAUUUCAGUUUCGGCAAAUUUGCUUU